AUGCCAUCAAGACUGUCGGCAUCGAGGCUGAAACGAAGUUGGUUCCGACGGGGGAGCGUGAACAACUCUGCAACCGAGAAUCUAGAUGCUGCAGCGACAGUUUCGACAAGCGAUGCUGUGUUCAAGCAAAGCCUUGAUGCUCAACUUCUGGCUCAAGCUAAAGGCACCAAGGAAGAGGUUGAAAGGCAGAUAGAAGACGCGAGAGCAGCGCAUAUGAACUGGGUCGAGGGGAGACAGACAGGCUCGAGGCGAUAUGGAGCCGCGUUCCAGGUAUUCAUAACUCGAUUCUCUAACUUUCUGACAGCAUACUCCGGGAUCGUGGAGGUGGUCAAAAAUGCAAGUGCUCCGUAUGGAAAUUUGGCCUAUGGAACGCUGUCGCUCCUCUUGAUUGUUGUGGUCAACAAGAACGGGAACGAUGAGAAGAUCGCAAAGGCACUGGCUGAAUUGGAGUAUUCAUUUCCGCGCUUGAAUCUCCUCUCUGAUAUCUACCCAGAGCCACAGAUUGAGAAGCUGGUGGCUGAGGCAUACAGAGAUAUGGUCGACUUUGCCAGGAAGGCCGUGUUGUACUACAUGAGUACAUCCAUGAGGCUGCUCGCCGCGGGAGACCCACAACAAGAGCUCGAGUUCAAGAUGUCGAUUGAAGGUCUUCGGCACAAGCUUGUGGAAGUCAAUCUCGAGAGUACCGUUCUGCUGCACCGCCGAGCUAAAUAUAUCGAAGAGCAGAACGAAAGACUGCUGCGCGGGAACAAGGAACUCAAACAUCAGAUGAAAGUCAUAGAAGAUCUCAACAUCGAUUUGCGAAUGCAGCUUGACCGACUGCGUAGAACCCUCGAAGAGGAACAGGGUCAAAGAGAUCGGAAAGAAUUGGCCAACUUCCGGGCAUUACUUAACGUUCCAGAAACAAGCGAUCACACAAACAUACAGUCCUGCAAGCGAAACCUCGCGGGAGCAUUCCCGGUGCUGCUAGGCGCGAGCCCUGGGAAAAUCGCUCGGUGGUACUCGCAGUUGACUCCGGACAUAUUAAACAACGCAGAAUCUUACCGCAUUUGGCUGGAUAGCGACCAUUCCUGCCUGCUUCUUCUGGGUGGCACCAGCCUCAUGGAGGGUCGAUCCAACAUAAGUACAUGCUCAUGGCUGUCCCCAGCUGCCAUAUAUGUGGCAGAGCAGCAGCUUUCCGAGAACAGACACGUGGCAUUCUACUGCUGCCACCCGCAGAUGCUCUCUCAGAGGUGCGGCGUCCAAGAAGCCAUCUUGAGCCUUGUGUGUCAGGUAGCAGGGUGGAAGCCUGAUAUGCUGCGCCAAAACCCAAGCUUCCUGUCUCUAGCACAGUCAAUGACCUGGAAGGAUGCCGAUGAUGAUGUCCUGAACGCAAUGUUCAAAAUGCUGAGCGACCUCCUGACCGAGCUUCGUCCGCAAAGGCCUGUCUACAUCAUUUUGGAUCGUGCGGAUCAAUGCGAAUACCAGUCGUUCCAGCUGGUGCGGAAACUGAUGGAGGUGAUUCAGAAAGCACGGGAUAUGGUGAAGAUUCUGGUCGUGAUGGAUUCGGCACUCUGGGGAAUCGACUCCUGGUUAUGCGACGGCUUGAAGGAAGAUUCUGGGGGGUUUCUCGUCGGGAGAUGGGAUUGGAACCAGCAGCAGCUUGGAUUCAUAGAUCUAAGUAAUCUCCCCAAAUAG